GGAGAAGGGGAGAGGGAGCAUGGGGACGACGAGCAGUCGGUGGAGCGGAUGUUUGACUGCCAGGAGGUGCCUCCAUGGACCCAGCAGCUCACCUUACGCUCGCUGGCCGUCAGCGCCAUCCUCGGCUUCUUCCUCAGCUUCAUCGUCAUGAAGCUCAACCUCACCGCGGGUAUCAUCCCCUCCCUCAACGUCUCCGCGGGCCUGCUCGGCUUCUUCAUGGUCAAGACCUGGACCACGCUCCUGGAGAAGACCGGUCUCCUCAACCAGCCCUUCACCCGCCAGGAGAACACCGUUAUCCAGACAUGCGUCGUCGCUUGCUCCGGCAUCGCCUUCAGUGGUGGCUUCGGAAGCUAUAUACUUGGCAUGAGCAAGAAAGUUGCAGAUCAAUUUGGUGAGGCAGACACCGGUGUUAACAUGAAAGAACCAUCUCUAGGUUGGCUGAUUUGUUUCCUUCUGGCGGUCAGCUUUGUCGGCUUGUUCUCGGUUGUACCACUGCGGAGGAUCAUGAUCAUCGCAUAUAAGCUAACAUAUCCAAGCGGCACGGCUACUGCUCACUUGAUCAACAGCUUUCACACCCCUCAGGGAGCCUUGCUUGCCAGAAAGCAAGUGUCUCUUUUGUUCAAAACCUUCGGAGCUAGCUUCAUUUGGGCCAUGUUCCAAUGGUUUUACACUGCUAGUGAUGGCUGUGGGUUCGUAUCUUUCCCCACAUUUGGGCUCCAAGCUUAUGAGAACAGGUUUUACUUCGACUUCUCUGCCACUUACGUGGGCGUUGGGAUGAUCUGCCCUUACAUAAUCAACAUCUCGCUGUUCCUCGGGUCUAUCAUCUCUUGGGGCAUUCUGUGGCCUUAUAUAAGAAGCAAGCAGGGAGUGUGGUAUGAUGCAUCGCUCCCUGAAAGCAGUCUUCAUGGAAUCAAUGGUUACAAGGUGUUCAUAUCCAUUGCUAUGAUACUGGGUGACGGGCUGUUCCACUUUCUAGUCGUGUUCUUCCGCAGCUCCUACGACAUGUACAACAAGCGCCAGCGGAAGGACGCCGCCACACCCUUCGCCGACGCUGCUGCCCUUGUUGGGCCCUGCCUUAGCUUCGACGACCGCCGCCGCAGCAAUGUCUUCCUCAAGGAUCAGAUCCCUACCACGGUUGCCAUCGCGGGCUACGUCCUCUUUGCCGUCAUCUCAGUCAUCGCGGUUCCCUUCAUCUUCCCCCAGCUCAAGUUCUAUCACAUCAUUGUCGCCUACAUCAUCGCGCCGGUCCUUGCCUUCUGCAAUUCCUACGGUUGCGGGCUCACCGACUGGUCUCUCGCCUCCAGCUACGGCAAGCUCGCCAUCUUCAUUUUCGGCGCGUGGAUUGGGAUGAACAACGGCGGCGUGCUCGCUGGCUUAGCUUCGUGCGGCGUCAUGAUGAGCAUCGUGUCGACCGCAUCGGAUCUGAUGCAGGAUCUGAAGACCGGCUAUCUUACCCUCUCGUCGCCUAGGUCCAUGUUCGUGAGCCAAGUAAUCGGGACGGCCAUGGGAUGCGUGAUCGCCCCCAGUGUUUUCUGGAUCUUCUACUCAGCCUUCGACCUGGGGAGCGAAACGUCUGGGUACCCGGCGCCGUACGCCAAGGUCUAUCGAGGGAUCGCGAUCCUUGGCGUGGAGGGCCUCUCGGCGCUCCCCAAGUACUGCUUGAACUUCUGCGCCGUCUUCUUCUUCGUGUCAUUCGCCAUCAACGGGCUGAAGGAGGUGGCCAAAUACAAGAACUGGAAGAUCUACAACUACAUCCCGAGCGCCAUGGGCAUGGCCAUACCGUUCUACCUGGGGUCCUACUUCACCAUCGACAUGUGCGUGGGGAGCUUGAUACUCUACUUGUGGGAGAGGGCGGACAAGCGGCACGCCACAGUGUUCGCGCCGGCCGUGGCAUCGGGGUUGAUAUGCGGCGACGGGAUAUGGUCGCUGCCGGCGUCUCUGCUGUCCUUAGCGAAGGUGCAGCCACCCAUAUGCAUGAAGUUCCUGUCCCGUGCCGACAACGACAAGGUAGACGCCUUCUUGAGUGGAUGAGCUCAUGGUGUCCAAAAUAACCAUCGUUUCAGGGAAUUACUGGUGGAGCAUUAACAGUGCAGUUAUCCCUAUGAAACGGUGUAUCCCGUCCACCCCUGUGUAUCAAGUAUCAUCUAUCCACA